AAAAACAUUUAAAAAAAGCUGUCCUUGAUCCUUUGAAUCCUGAAUAGAGCAGGAUAGAGCUCAUGGGAAAUUCCUAGAUUUUUGGAAAACCCAUCCCGAGUUGUGGGGGGAGGAGCAUUAGCACAAUAUAAAAACAGCAGCAUGUGGCUCCGAGGCUUAGAGCAAACGCACCACAUGUCUCCAGCAUGAAGCUUAAUCUGCAGGUCGUCCAUCGUUUCGCCUUCCUGGGCCUCUGCUGUGUACUGGCCACAGUGAGGGAGUCAGAGGGAGCGUACAUUCCGGGAAGAUGUUUGUGCCCACAAACGCAGGCGAGCAUCAGGGGACAAAUGAAGGAACUCCUAAUCUAUGAAAAAAGUGCCAACUGUAGCAACGUUACUGUUAUAGUAACACUAAUAAGGAACAACGCAGAUGUGUGUCUGGAUCCAGAGGCACCUUUGGGCAAACAGCUGAUUCGCUGCUGGAAUAGAGCUACGAAGCUGGGUCGUGAUGUGAAGCUGUGUCUUAAGAGGAGGAGGCGGAGAGGCGGUCGGCGCCAGAGGCAGCAAAAGAGGUCGCGGGGUCACAWCAGGAGAGCGUCCUCCUCAGACUCCCAGUAGUUCUGCAGGCUGACUAAACCUACUGUGUACAGACUGAUUCUUGUUGCAUGGUGGGCUGUUGUUGUAACUUCAGCCCACCAAGCAUUGUGUUUCUUUCUACAAAUAUUAUGAAGCUCAGAUAUCAUGCUCCCUUUCAUUUCAUUCUGAGCUCCAAACGUCUUCAAGCAGCUGAAGUAUUAUAUAUAUUUUUAUAUAUAUAAUAUUUUUAUAUAUAAACUAGUGCAAAUGAGGGAUUUGCUUCCUAAAAACCUAAGCCCUGGUGGCUUUACAUAAAUGAUGGCUUUAAAGUAAACAUAAUGGUUUCUUUGUCAUGUGGUCAUUGUACUGUUUCUGUGUAGUUCUGUCAAAACAGCUGGAAAACUAUAUCUGAGUAAAGCUUUGUCAGUUAUUUAUUUUUUUAUGAAAACAAAAAAUGUGUUUUUUUAAAUAAAUAUAUCAGAACAAUGCUG